AAUCUUGUGAAUUUUUGUCACAUAAACACAGAAGCUGAAAACUUUUUCUCUUUAACCCUUCCUUACCCUAACUUGCAUAUGCCUGUGUCUGUCAGACGUGUCAACUCCCCCAAUUUCCCCAGGGGUCGCCCAGUUUCGGACCCCUUUUUCCCGUUUUUUCACCUGUUAUUGCGUUUUUUUUCCUAUCAGAUUCCAAUGUGUGCAUGUGCAGUAAGCAUGCAGGGAUCGCGCCGUGAUGUCACUUCCGCUGAUGUCACAUGAUGAUGGGCAAAUCGCCGCCGUACCCUCGCUGGGGUUGAAACACUGGUGCCCAGAUUUAGCCUGGCGAGGGGCAACCUAUUGAUCUCUCAGCGGUGUUUCUGCACAUGGCCAGAAGGCUAAUAGAAGAUUGAAGCAGCAAACAUCAGGGUGAUCGUCACGGCAUUCUUACUACUGCUUGCGGCUCCACCAACCAUAACGACGCUUGCACAUGGUCUUUCUGAAUUUAUGAACUCAUACAGCCCAAGAGUUAUAUUCCAUGGUCCUAGAGUGAAGGGUUCUAACCACUAGAAGAAGUCUGAUACUACACCAAAUUAAAGACUGAAGAUCUAAGACAAUUUAAGCAGAUCCUUUUAUCAGAGAUGAGCGGUCGAAGAUCAGGCAGACGUGGCACUAGAUAUCACCAGCGCCUACGCAUGGAAGCAAGAAGGAAUAUGAUAGUCAGCAGAAUCAUAAGAAACCGUAGACGUUCUGCAUUGGCUGUACCUGGGAUUACUAAUGAAAUUCACGAACCUGCUAUUCCUUCUGUAUUGGAGAAUACCCCAGAAAUGUCUGCUUCUUUUAGUGUACCUUCUAUAUUGGAGAAUACUCCCGAAAUGACUUCUACUCUUCUUGGACCUUCUGUAUUGGACAUGUAUCCUCAUGUACCUUCUGAAGUGGAGAAUCCUGCCAUGUCUGCUUCUCUUCCUCUACCUUCUAUAUUGGAGAAUACCCCCGAAAUGACUUCUACUCUUCUUGGACCAUCUGUAUUGGACAUGUAUCCUCAUGUACCUUCUGAAGUGGAGAAUCCUGCCAUGUCUGCUUCUCUUCCUCUACCUUCUAUAUUGGAGAAUACCCCCGAAAUGACUUCUACUCUUCUUGGACCAUCUGUAUUGGACAUGUAUCCUCAUGUACCUUCUGAAGUGGAGAAUCCUGCCAUGUCUGCUUCUCUUCCUCUACCUUCUAUAUUGGAGAAUACCCCCGAAAUGACUUCUACUCUUCUUGGACCAUCUGUAUUGGACAUGUAUCCUCAUGUACCUUCUGAAGUGGAGAAUCCUGCCAUGUCUGCUUCUCUUCCUCUACCUUCUAUAUUGGAGAAUACCCCCGAAAUGACUUCUACUCUUCUUGGACCUUCUGUAUUGGACAUGUAUCCUCAUGUACCUUCUGAAGUGGAGAAUCCUGCCAUGUCUGCUUCUCUUCCUCUACCUUCUAUAUUGGAGAAUACCCCCGAAAUGACUUCUACUCUUCUUGGACCAUCUGUAUUGGACAUGUAUCCUCAUAUACCUUCUAAAGUGGAAAAUCCUGCUAUGUCUACUUCUCCUCCUCCACCUUCUAUAUCGGAGAUUACCCCCGACAUGACUUCUAAUCUUCUUGGACCUUCUGAAUUGGACCUUCCUCAUGUACCUUCUGUAGUGGAGAAUCCUGAUCACAGGGUUCCUUGUAUCGCAUCUUCUCAACUGGAGACCAUUCAAAAAAUGUCUACUCAACCUUCUGUUCCAUCUGCAUUGGAGAAUAUUCAUCCACUUCUGGUUUUGGAGAAUACACCUAAAAUAUCUGCAGAUACUAUACAAGAUAACAAUCCUGAAAUGGAUAUACUUACUGUUCCUUCUGUACCGGAUAAGUCCUCAAAAAUAUCUCUGCCUCCUCCAUCAGAACCAACUGUACAAGAGAGAAAUGGCGAAAUAUCAGUGGUACCUGUAGCAAGACGUUCACAGGAUGAGGAUGGCGAUGCUUCAACAUCUUCUGUAGAUCAUUCACCAAGUGUGCACCAUCAGAAUUCCAGGUCAGAAGAGACUGAAACUCCCACACAGUCGCUAGGAAACAAUGCAGAUGCUCUGGUGCAUUUAGAACGUAUUCACCACUAUGAGCGAGAACGUGCCCGUUUUAAUGUAGUAGAAAUCACCGAGCAUUUCCGCUUUGCGAACUUGGAAAGAGUAGUGUCUUUCAAUGCAGCACUACAGGCCAUACACACCGCUGUCCAGGAUUUACUGAACAGUAUACUGCCCAGGAUUGGAUCCAAUGAUCGUGUACAGCUGCGACUCAGCGGGGAAGGACUCAGAGAUCCAUUAUAUUCAUUUCGAAGAUCUAAUACGGAGUUCGACGCUCAAUCAUUUCUGAACAACGUGGAGAAGAUGUUACAGAGUAACAGAGAAAUCCUUUCUAAUAGUGUCUUAAAACUUCUUGUCAUCAUUGUGAAGAAUAAAGAAGGUGGAGCAAAUGACAGAAGAUCUCUCAGUUCAAUUCCUGCCAGUGAUUUAAUUAAAAAAAAAAAACGCUGGCUCUUCGAUUUUAACAACCACGAAGGUAACCUGUGCUUGGCCGCCAGCGUCUGUGCACUGAUGAGUAAGGACCUCCCAUCAGAGGCUACGCUGCUGCAGAAAGCAAAGGAGAUUCAUGAUGCUCUGAAGAUCCCAGCCAAUCAGUUAGUCGGUUUUAGUGACAUUCCAGAUUUUGAGAAACAUCUGCAGGUGACCAUUAAAGUCAUCUACCAUAAUUACGGUAAAUGGACAUUUUUCCAAACCAACAACCCCUGCAAAGAGCCAAUUAUAUUCCUAUUGCUGCACAGGGGACAUUACUAUGGGAUUAAAAAAAUAAACUCAUUUUGUGGCUACAGUUACUUCUGUGAAUACUGUAACACGCAGUUCCACGGCAAAGAUCGUCAUUCGUGCAAGUAUUUUUGCAAGGCGUGCCACAGGCGAGACUGCUCUGAGGUGACAAAAGUAAAGCCAAGGUGUAAUAACUGCCGUGUUUUUUGCCGUUCACAAGAAUGUCUUCAACUGCACAAAACCCUCGCUGGCUCGGAAAAAGUCCCGUGCAAGGAAAAACGAUAUUGUGACAAAUGUGGCCGUUACACCGUUAGUAACCACGAUAUAAAUAAGUGCAAAGGUCAGCAGUGUCAAACUUGCCUCCAACACGUGGAAACCUUCGUUGGUCACCAGUGUUUCAUGAGAAAAAAAUCACCGGCAACUUCAGACAAAUACAUCGUUUACGAUUGCGAAUGUACGCAAGAAAAUCGCAUUCACGUUCCGAAUUAUAUAUAUGCCGUAAAACUGGAUUCUGAGCAGUUCUGGGAGUUCCAAGGUCCCGACUGCCUGAAGAACUUUAGAGAAACAUUUAUACAAAAGAAGUUUGCCGGGUUUUCUUUCAUAGCGCACAACGCCGGCAGGUACGAUGCCUACUUUGUGGUGCAGGAGCUGCUCAAAGAGAACAUCAAGCUGGACUUUCUAGCAAAAGGCGGAAAACUAUUGUGCGUCACGGUGACCGAUUUCAAGAUUCGAUUCAUUGACUCUUUCAAUUUCCUUCCCAUGAAGCUUAGCAAGCUGCCAAAGGCCAUGGGAUUUCAAGAUUCCAAGGGAUAUUUUCCGCAUUUCUUCAAUACAGAAGAAAACCAAACCUACGUUGGUCCAGUGCCUUCCCCUGAGUAUUUUGGGCAUGAGAAUAUGAUGCCGGAUGAAAAAGACGAUUUCAUGGUUUGGUACGAGGAAAACAAAAAUUGCCAAUUCGAUUUUCAGGCCGAGCUUAAAAAAUAUUGCCGGCAGGACGUCGGUAUCUUGAAGCAAGCUUGUGUCUGUUUCAGGAAUAGGGUGAUGGAGAUGACAAAGGAAGAGGACCCAAAGAACCCGGAAAAGACAAUACAAGUAGACCCCUUUCAGCUCACAACAUUGGCCUCAGUGUCCAUGGCCAUGUACAAGUUUAAAUUUCUCCCUGAAGAUACAAUAGCGAUCCUGCCCGCGGACAAUUAUCAAAAAAGGCAGAAACGAUUCUCAACGCCGUCCAUCCAGUGGUUAAUGUACAUCUCUCACAAGGAAGGCAUCACAAUACAACAUGCUCUGCAAGGUGGCGAGAAACGGGUUGGUUACUAUUCCUUGGACGGCUUUGCUGAAAUCAGUGGAAAGCCAACUGCUUUCGAAUUCCACGGUUGUUUCUACCACGGCUGCCCCCAGUGCUACAAUAAAGAUGAUUUUAAUCCGGUUACGAAAACCACCUACGACCAACUGCACUACAAAAAGGAGCUCAAAAACGAUAUUCUACAAUCCGAAGGGUACGAAGUUCAAGAGAUCUGGGAACACGAGUGGAAACAGUUACUAGAAAAAGACGAGAAUUUGCAGAAUUUCCUGCAGGAAAUGAACUUUCCUGAACCCCUUGAGCCCCGGGAUUCACUUUAUGGCGGUCGUACAAAUGCGGUAAAACUGUACCACAAAGCAGCCCCCGGAGAGAAGAUACUUUAUUAUGAUUUUACCAGUCUCUACCCCUUUGUUAAUAAGACAAAAGCCUACCCUGUGGGCCACCCAGUUAUUUACUACAAAGAAUUUCAGGAUAUUGGUACAUAUUUUGGCUUUGCCAAAGUAAAAGUCUACCCGCCCAGAGGUCAAUUUUUCCCGGUCCUUCCAGUAAAGAUGAACGAGAAGCUCGUGUUUCCUUUAUGUCGCACUUGCGCCUCCAACGGUCAGACCUCAGAGUGCCAGCACAGUGAUGAAGAACGGGCGCUGACGGGAACCUGGUGCACGAUGGAAAUUCAGUUGGCCGUGAAGAAGGGCUACCAAUUGUGUGAAAUCUAUGAAGUUUGGCAUUUCGAACAACGAACCGACAAACUGUUUGAGGAAUACGUGAACUUACAUCUCCGGGACAAACAAGAGGCGUCGGGAUAUCCGAAUGGGUGUGACGAUGAGAAAGAAAAGCAGGAGUAUAUAAGCAAAUAUAAAGAGAGAGAAGGGGUGACGUUACGCCCGGAGUAUAUCGCUGUUAACCCGGCAAGAAGGCAAAUCGCUAAAUUGUUUCUGAAUUCCCUGUGGGGCAAAUUUGGGCAAAAAACGAACCUACCUAAUACAACAGUCGUCAGUGACCCAGGUCAGUUUCUUCGUUACAUGUUUUUACCAGAGUACGAUGUGUUGUCUCUUGAGUUCAUGGACGAGGAGACAGCCAUUAUCCAAUGGAAAUACGCCAAGAGUGGUCCCGGCAUCUCACGUAAUUCCAAUAUUUUUAUCGCUUCCUUUACCACGGCCUACGCCCGGCUGGAACUAUACAACGUCCUGGACAAGCUACAGGAGAGGUGUUUGUACCACGACACGGACUCGGUGAUCUUUAUCAGCAAGGAGGGCGAGUGGGAUCCACCACUGGGCGAUUAUCUAGGAGAACUUACCAGCGAACUUCCGGCCGGCACACACAUUGUCGAGUUUGUCUCUGCCGGACCCAAGACCUACGCCUACAAGUUGUCCAAUGGUAAAACGUGCCUGAAGGUCAAGGGAAUAACCCUAAAUGCCUCGACUGUCCAACACCUUCACUUUGACUCACUGAAGGAUCAGGUGUUGGACUUCUCCGAACACUCGGACCCUGAGGAACAGAGGACCAUCACUGUACAACAGCCGGUAAUUGCCAGGAAUAGAUACUGGCAAAUAGAAACCCGCCCCCUGCGCAAAACGCUAAAGUGCGUUUACACGAAACGCCAACUUACAGACGGCUUUACUACUUUGCCAUUUGGGUACUGACCUCGAAUGUGGACCUGGAACCCAACCCGUUGGUGAAUCCAAAAUGUGCUUUUGUUUUCUAGAAUUGUAAAUUCAUGUUUUUAUACACAAAAAUCUGCUAAAUGUGUAACUUUCUGUACAAUGGGGUCUGAAAUGGGCGUGUCCUAAUAACACCGCAUAUAACUAUAGCAUUUUGCAAUAUAUCUGUCUCUUAGUAACGUAGAAUAUAUUCAAUUUCUAUCUUUUUGAAAAAUGUGCAAGAUUAUCACAAUCAACAUUUAAUGAAACUAAAUAUUUG